AUGCACACUCUGAAAGAGCAGGAACGACGUGGCAGACUUUACAACAGAAAGGUGAAAGGCUGUCCACUGGCUGUUGGAGACAGAGUGUUGGUUGUGAACAGAGGCAAAAAAGGUAGAAGAAAUGUUUCUGAUAAAUGGGAGUCAUCUCCCUAUGAAGUCACUGUGGUGUAUCCUGAUAUCAAUGUUUACAGGAUUCGAGAAAUCAACUCUGACAAAGUACCUGGGAUCCUGAGCAAGAAUACCAGAGCUGUUGUUUUUCAGGCCAGCACGAAUGACACCAGCCUGAGGCAGUCGGAGAUCCUGAAGAGGGACUUCAAGACCCUGGUGGAGUCUAUCCGCAGCACAUCACUCACGGCAAGGAUCAUUGUGUCUGGAUAUGAUCCUGACCCGGAUGGUCCAGGUCCUCGACUGGAGGCGGCUGCACCUCAGCCACAACCAACACCGGCAAAUGACCCACUAGCACCAGCUUCUGACUCAACAGUGAGACCUCGGCUCUACCCAGAUCUGCCUAAUCAGGAAGGAUUUUUUUUACUUCCUCAUUUCUCUCUCUCGUACCCUCUCACUAACUACUCUCCAUCCCUCCAUGAUUCCUCUCCGGUAUUGGCCUUCAGCGAUCAAGUUCGGCAGAGACACCUGUAUGUGGAAAAUAAAGACAACAGCCUGUUUGUUGAGAUUUUACUCAAUGGCACAGUGUCAGUAACUCAGAGUCCGACACCUUACACGGUGUUGGAGCUAAAAGCCGUUAAACCAGGUUACACAGUGAUUCGGGGUGUGAGGUCAUCACUGUACCUGUGUCUGAAUGCAGACGGUCACUUAUUUGCUCUGGGUGUGUUUCUAGAUGCUGAUUGUUCCUUCAGUGAGAUGGUACAGCCUGAUGGUUACACUCACUUCCUGUCUGCUCACCACAGACUUCCUGUUUCCCUCAGUAUGAAAGGUUCUCCUGGGAAACGCACACUCAGUUUCUCUCAGUUUCUACCAGUCAGAACCCAUCUGUUUAUGGAGAUACAAGGAUAUGAAGAGACAUCAAGGUUUCUGACCGCUGCAGAUUUGGAUUCAGAUGAUCCUCUAAGACUGACAAACACACAUCAGGACCUGAGAAGUCCACUGUUUCACAUCAACCAAUAAGAUUGCAGA